GACGACGGCAAGCUGGGCGUCCUGUCGGCCAUCAACAUCAUAGUCGGCAAGACAAUGGGCGUAGGCGCCUACUCGAUCCCGAGCGCCAUCUUCUCGGGCGUGGGCUCUGUGGGCAUGACCCUCCUCCUCUGGGUCGUGGGGGCGCUCAUCUCCUUCUGCGGCCUCGCCGUGUACCUGGACCUGGGCACGGCCAUGCCCCGCUCCGGAGGCGAGAAGGUCUACCUGGAGCGCAUCUUCCGCAGACCGUACAUGCUGGCCACGUGCAUGUUCAUGUCGUACGUCGUGCUGCUGGGCUUCUCGACGCCCAACGCCAUCGUGCUGGGCGAGCACGCGCUGUACGUGACGGGCGCCAAGGAGAACGCCUGGAACGUUCGCGCUAUUGCCGUGGCCGCCGUGACCAUGCUGUGUUACCUCCAGGCCCGCCACCCGCGCGUGGGUCUGGCCCUCAUCAACACCCUCGGCGCGGCCAAGAUGCUCAUCCUCGCGGUCGUGGUGGUGUCAGGCGCCCGUCGCGUCGACCUGGCCAUGGCAGGUGAUGUGCCCACGUCCACCGCCCAGCGCAACUUCCACGCCGUCUGGGAGGGCUCGUCUGUCCAGCCCUACGACUACGCCACUGCCCUGCUCAAGGUGCUGUAUUGUUUUCGGGGCUACAGCACUGCCAACCAGGUGCUGUCCGACGUGCGCGACCCCGUUCGUACCCUGCGUGUUGCUGCCCCGAUCGCCUUGGGCCUCGUCAGUGCUGCUUACCUUGCCACGACCACCGCUUUCUUUCUGGUCGUCGACAAGGAUGAGUUUCGUUCUGCCGGUGAGGUGGUCGCUGCUGUGUUCUUCCGCAAAGUCUUUGGAGAUGGAGCUGGGGCGCGCAUCCUUCCGCUGUUUGUCGUCGUCACUGCUGCGGGCAACAUUGCCGCCACCAGCUUUGCCCAGGCUCGCGUCAAUGAGGAGCUGGCGCGUGAGGGCGUGCUGCCCCCAAGCAAGACCCGCCGUCCUCGCUCCACAGCCCCUGUCCGCGGUCUUCUCCUACACUGGGUUGUCUCCACAGCAGCCAUUGUCCUUCCCCCGCCAGGUCGGAUCUUCAACUUCCUCGUCGACAUAGGCGGAUACCCCGUGUCUGUCAUCAGCGUCGCCGUAUCGCUAGGCCUCCUGUACCUACAUACCACCCCCUCCGAGCGCUGGUCAUCACCCUGCCGGGCGCCACGCUUUGCCGUCGUCCUGUUUGCGGCCACCAACUGUUUGUUGCUGGUGCUGCCAUGGGUUCCCCCUCGAGGGGGCGUCGCAACCGAUGUGGGCAAUGAGUUCCCUAGCUGGGCGUAUCCGGCUACGAGCCUUGGUGUUUUGGGGCUCGGGGCUGUGUACUGGCUCUGGUGG